UGUGGGCCUGCGGGCCUGCGGCUGCGGUGUUUCGCUGUCCUCAAAGAUUCCCAACGUGGUGGCCUCCGCGGCGGUGGCUGCUGCCGGGCUCUCCCGCUGCAGCCUGUCACUGCUGCUCCAGAGUGGCCGCGUCAAGGCAGAAAUGCCGCCAUCGCCCGGCCGGGGCGUGCUCUGGCUCGGCCUGGUCCUGGGCUCUCUCUGCGUCGCCCUCGAGAACGCGGCACAAGCCAACCCGGCCACAGAUUCUCUGAACAUCCUUCUUAUCAUCGUGGAUGACCUGCGCCCCUCCCUGGGCUGUUACGGAGAUAAGCUAGUGAGGUCCCCAAACAUCGACCAACUGGCAUCCCGCAGCCUCCUCUUCCAGAAUGCCUUUGCCCAGCAAGCAGUGUGCGCCCCGAGCCGCGUGUCCUUCCUCACCGGGAGGAGACCCGAUACCACCCGCCUGUAUGACUUCAGCUCCUACUGGAGGGUGCACGCUGGAAACUUCUCCACCAUCCCCCAGUACUUCAAGGAGAAUGGCUACGUGACCAUGUCGGUUGGAAAAGUCUUUCACCCUGGUAUAUCUUCCAAUCAUAGUGAUGAUUCUCCAUAUAGCUGGUCGUUUCCUCCUUAUCAUCCCUCCUCUGAGAAGUAUGAAAACACUAAGACAUGUCGGGGGCCAGAUGGAGAACUCCAUGCCAACCUGCUUUGCCCUGUGGAUUUGGUGGAUGUGCCUGAGGGCACCUUGCCUGACAAACAGAGCACUGAGCAAGCCAUACAAUUAUUGGAAAAGAUGAAAAUGUCAGCCAGUCCUUUCUUCCUGGCCAUUGGAUAUCAUAAGCCACACAUCCCCUUCAGAUACCCCAAGGAAUUCCAGAAAUUGUAUCCCCUGGAGAACAUCACCCUGGCUGCUGAUCCCCAGGUCCCUGAUGGCCUACCCCCUGUGGCGUACAACCCCUGGAUGGACAUCAGGCAGCGGGAGGAUGUCCAAGCCUUAAACAUAAGUGUGCCCUAUGGCCCAAUUCCUGUGGAUUUUCAGCGGAAAAUCCGCCAGAGCUACUUUGCCUCUGUUUCAUAUUUGGACACACAGGUGGGCCACCUUUUGAGUGCUUUGGAUGAUCUUCAGUUGGCCAAUAGCACAAUCAUUGCAUUUACCUCGGAUCAUGGGUGGGCUCUAGGUGAACAUGGAGAAUGGGCCAAGUACAGCAAUUUUGAUGUCACUACCCGUGUGCCCCUGCUGUUCUAUGUUCCUGGAAGGACGACUUCAUUUCCGGAGGCAGGAGAGAAGCUUUUUCCUUAUCACGACCCUUUUGAUUCUGUCUCAGAGUUGAUGAAGCCAGGCAGGCAAUCCAUGCACCUCGUGGAACUUGUGUCUCUGUUCCCCACACUGGCUGGACUGGCAGGACUCCAAGUUCCACCUCGCUGCCCCAUUCCUUCAUUUCAUGUUACGCUGUGCAGAGAAGGCCAGAGCCUUCUGAAGCAUUUUCGAUUCCAUGACUUGAAAGAGGAUCCAUACCUCCGUGGUAAUCCCCGUGAGUUAAUUGCCUAUAGCCAGUACCCCCGGCCAGCAGACUCGCCUCAGUGGAAUUCUGACAAGCCGAGUUUAAAAGACAUAAAGAUCAUGGGCUAUUCCAUACGCACCAUAGACUAUAGGUAUACUGUGUGGGUUGGCUUUAAUCCUGAUGAAUUUCUGGCUAAUUUUUCUGACAUCCAUGCCGGGGAACUGUAUUUUGUGGAUUCUGACCCAUUGCAGGAUCACAAUGUGUAUAAUGAUUCCCAAGGUGGAGAACUUUCCCGAUCAUUGAUGCCUUGAGUUUUGCCAACAACAAAGAGCAAAUAUAAUGUGCUCCCUUCCAGUUGGUGAGAGAAGGAGUUAGAACUGGUUAUUCUGUGAUUACCCAUAAUAUUGGAAGCAACCUGAGGGGUAGGUAAUCCAAAUAUGUGUUAACAAUUUGGUCUAAAAGUAUGUAAUAGCCAAACCUUUUCAUUUAGUCUCUAUUAAUUUAUAAUUGGUAAUU